AAAAUUGCGGGAUUUGCGGGAUGAGGCUUGAUUGCGCAGCAAACUACGGUCUCUCCUUUUGGCUUGACUUGAAGGGAAUGCAAAAACAGAGUCCAAAACUGAGUCAGUUCAUUUGAGUCUCUGAUUCUGAAUUCUGAUUGUGGAAGCAGCAAAAUGGAGGGAGAACAACAUGAUAUCUCAAAUGGAGGUGGUUUAUAUGUGAAGGUGAUGACUGACGAACAAAUGGAACUUCUCAGGCAACAGAUUUCUGUCUACGCCACCAUAUGUGACAGCCUUGUUGAGAUGCACAAGGCCAUCACCACUCAACAAGACCUCGCAGGACUGAGGCUGGGAAAUUUGUACUGUGAUCCACUAAUGGUGUGUUCUGGACACAAGAUAACUGCUAGGCAGCGCUGGACUCCGACGCCUCUGCAGCUUCAAAUGCUCGAGCAAAUUUUCGAUCAAGGCAAUGGAACUCCGAGCAAGCAGAAGAUCAAGGAGAUUGCUAUUGAACUGGGGCAGCAUGGUCAGAUAUCAGAGACGAAUGUUUACAAUUGGUUCCAGAACAGAAGGGCUCGUUCGAAGCGGAAGCAACUAGCUCCCACCACCCCGAGUCAUGCUGAGCUGGAGGCGGCUGAGACAGAAGCUGUUGAGUCUCCAAAAGAGAAAAGGAUAUCUGCUGCAGAAAGUGUUCAAGUUCUUCAACCCUAUGAGAAUUCUUCAUCACCUCACAGGCUCAAGGAUUUUUACAUCCAGAGUCCUGACAUAGGAUUUGAGCAAUUGUUGGGUAAAAUAGAAGCUGGAGGCUGCUUUAGUUCUUAUUUUCUGUGAGAAAUCUGGGGGUUGACUUGUUAAAGACUGAAUUCUCAAACGUUGCUGCCUAAUUGCAGCUUGGUAGACUCAACAUUAUUGAUGAUAUAUUAAUAUAAUAUUAUACAUAGGACCUUUCAUCAUUCUCAUGAUGCAUAUUGUACAUAUGGUUUUUUCUAGGUGCUUUGCAGACCUAACUGCCCUCUGUUGAUCAGGAAUUAUUGUGAUUUGUUACAGUUUUACAGGUUUUGAACCAAAUUGUUUCCACUAAUUAGCAUUGGAUUUGAAGUAUAUAAUACGAUCUCCAAGCUUCGAUUUUCA